AUGCUCAGUGUCUCAUGGUGUGCUACAGCUCAAGUUUUCUCUCCUGGUGGUGGUACUGGUGUCUGGAGAGUUUUCCUCGAUCCCAUUCGUCCAGGUGGUCCGUUUUCUGUCACUGCAGAACAGAGGAUUGCAAAUGCUGUGGACAGAAUUAUUUUAAAAGAUGUGUAUUUUGGAGAUGUCUGGCUGUGUGGUGGACAAAGCAAUAUGGAGAUGACAGUGUUACAGGUUAUUAAUGCAAGCAAAGAGCUGACUCUUGCUUCCCAUUAUCCAUACAUUCGUCUAUUCCAAGCAGGAUUGAACAAGUCACUUCGUGAACUAAAUGAUCUGGCUGGCAUUGCAGUGCAGUGGUCAGUUCCCACAGCAGAAAUUCUUGGCAAGGGCAAUUUCACCUCAUUCUCAGCUGUCUGCUGGUUGUUUGGCCGAUAUCUCUAUGACAAGCUACAGUACCCUAUUGGGUUGGUAGAGUCGUGCUGGGGAGGCACACCCAUUGAGGCAUGGUCUUCCCAAAAAGCCCUCAGCAAAUGUAACCUUUCUUUCAAUGUUACCAAUGGCGAUCAAAAGCAUGAAGCAACUGGACCUCAGGAACCCAGUGUCCUGUGGAAUGCAAUGAUACAUCCACUGAAAAGGAUGGCUAUCAAAGGAACCAUCUGGUAUCAAGGCGAAGCAAACACAGCCUGGCAUAACGCUGAAUACAACUGCACCUUUCCAGCUAUGAUUGAGGACUGGAGGAAAGCUUUUCAUCAAGGGUCUGAAGGUUCUACAGAAAUUGACUUUCCUUUUGGGUUUGUCCAGCUUUCUACAUAUCACCACAGAGUCCCAGACGAUUCCUUCCCUUGGAUUCGUUGGCAUCAAACAGCUGAUUUUGGUUAUGCUCCAAACCCUAAAAUGAGAAGAACAUUCAUGGCAGUUGCAAUGGACCUGGGUGAUGAGAAAUCUCCUUAUGGCGUCAUUCAUCCUCGAUAUAAACAAGAAGUAGCCUACAGAUUGUACCUUGGUGCUCUUGCCAUAGCUUACGGAGAGGCAGGAAUUGUUUUCCAGGGACCUUUUCCAAAAUACUUCCAGCUAAAGAACUCCACAGAAUUGAGAAUCACCUAUUCCCAGGAACUUGCUGUGCUGGAGCUCAGUAAGGACAUAUUUGAGAUUCGAUGCUGUACAAUGUGGAAUUAUUCCAGCUGUAAGUGGGUUUCUGCCCCCAUAGUUGACAAUUUCUUCAAUAUACUGUCUUUGUCUCUGGAACAGUGUCAGCAGAAAGUGAGUGGAGUUCGUUAUGCAUGGAAGGAAUGGCCCUGUAACCUGAAGAAAUGUCCUCUGUACAGCAAAAGUUCUAAGCUACCUGCCCCAACAUUCAUAAUACCCAAAAAUGAUCAUUUAUAAAAUUGUUGUGAAAAAAAUUCAUCAGAAUGAAAUAAGAAGAUGUUUAACUUUGGUUUAAGUAACAAAGUGGGCUGGUUAAUGUAUAAGAUGCAUAUUGUGCCUUCUAUCAGCCCUUUAAAAGUUGAUCAAUCCUGUGACUCAUGUUCUUGCAUAAGACUAACUUUGCUGACUCAGCUGUCUUUUAACUGACUGAAAAUGAUGUUGAUUUUUUUAAAGUACAAAACCUGGGAGAUCUGUGUGGGUGUAUUACAUCCAGGUGUGGCCGUGUGAUAUCAUUCAUGCUUCUUGAGAUCAAUAUAUUUUCUACUUCAUCUUUCCCAGGUAUUUCCAGGUAAUACAUUCUACAUUUUGCUCCAGUGAUGAUCGUCUUGAGUUCCUGAAUCCUUGUUAGAUUGAAAGAAAAGGCGUAUAAUGCCCAAGGAUUGGGAACCAGGAAAGGAUGAUUAAAACUUAAAACAAAAUUCUUGAGACUUCACAGGAUAAAUGUGGAACAGCCAUUUUCCCCUGGCUGGGUGUCUAGAACUAGCCUAGAGCCAAUUUCAAUGCUUUGCUUUCUAACAUUGGGAGUGCCACCUUCCUGCAGAGUCCUUCACUGCCCUCCUUUUGCUACUCAAGUGGAUGUAUACGAAUAUGAGAGCAUCAGAAGAAGGAGUGGGCCACCUGCUCCCUUCUAUGCUCUGCCAUUCAAUAACUUCAUGACAGUGCCACUUUCUUGUACUAACACAAUGUUUCUUGAUUCCCUCAAUAUCUCAAAGUCUAUUGAUCUAUACAGGCUGUAUUCAGCAAUGGAGCCUCUUCAGCCCUCUUGGGUAGAGAGUUCCAAAGAUUCACCAACCUCUGGGUGAAGAAGUUUCUUCUUGUCUCAUUCCUGAAUGGAUCUCCCCUUUGAGUUUGUGACAUCUGGUUCAACUGCUCCACCUGUGGGAAAACCAACUCAGCAUCUGUUCUGUCCCGCUCCCCAAGAAUGUUUUGAAACAGUGAGACGGCAGUACAGCAGCCCAGGCACCCAAGUUUGAUCCAGACCUUGGCUGCUGCCUGUGCGGAGUUCACCCUAUUCUCCCCACACCAGCGGAUUUCCUCCGGGUGCUCUAGUUUCCCCCACAUCCCAAGGUUGUACUGAUAGGUUAACCAUCUAUGGUCAACUAUCCUUGACCUAAAGCACUAACUCUAUUUCACUGCCUGGCCUGCUGAGUGUUUCCAGCAUUUUCUGUUUUAUUUCAGAUGACUAACCCAAGUUUUAUUUUCAUGAACUGUAAGUUAUUUGUUACAGUGGGUUAAUGGAGUGGAUGGGAAUGUGUGAGAGUCACAAUGUGUGAAGGUUCACAUGCUGAGCUUCAGUGAAAUAAGGGGAGGGGGUUUGGGCCGAACAGGUUCCCAUUCAGUGCUGUCUCAGAGGUUGGGGGAGAAGUGACUAAUGAACUAAACAAUACAAGAUCAAAUGAUUUUAACUUGCCAGCUUUAACAGAACAUAGAAGAUUACAGCACAGUACAGGCCCUUUGGUUUUAUCUUGCUCUAAGAUCUAUCUAACCCUUCCCUCCCACGUAUUCCUCCAUUUUUCUGUCAUUCAUGUGCCUAUUAAAUGUCCUCAAUGUAUCUGAUGUAUCUGCCUCCAUCACUUCUGCAGGCAGUGCAUUCCACACGCCCACCACUCUCUGUGUGAGGGAAACAAAAACACUUGCCUCUGACAUCCUCCCCCACCCCCCCAUACCUUCCUCCAAUCACCUUAAAAUUAUGCCCACUCACAUUAGCCAUUUUCGCCUUGGGAAAAAGUCUCUGACUGUCCACUCAACCGCAACAGUUUGAUGGGCAGUAUCAGAACGAUCAAAGAGGUAUUAGAGCAGUUAUCAAAGGAUGACUCAGCCUAGGAGAGCAGUGAAGAAGAUUGUGGUCGACACUCUCCUGCAACAGAGAAAUGCUCCCAAGUGGAAGAAUCAGGCCAGGCAGUUAACGCUGGAUCUGCACUUUAAGAAGAGUCACAACCUGGCCCAUUACCCAGGUGAAGUCUUUCUGACUUCACCUUCUAUCCCACUGCUGCUCUGAUGUGACUGAGUUCAUUGUUGUCAGUUUACGUUGUAUUUUGUAUCAAGACACAUUUUGUUCACUGAAUAACAAAAAACACUCCAAUAACUGUGUUUCUCCUUGAUGAAGCCCUCGUCUAUCAUGCAACAGUUAAAACAUAACACUGUCGAUAAUGCGUCUCCGUGUAUAGAAUGGUAUAAUGUGCCAUUAUACCAUUCAGUGAGGUGAUUCAGUGAGCUCUCUCAAACAUACUGAGUUUUUCAUUUUGCAGAGUCAGGACUUGGAGUGAGAGUAAAUUGGUUUAUUAUUGUCACUUGUACUGAUCGUACAGAUCAAUUAAUUACACAGUGCAUUGAGGUUGUACAGGGUAAGAACAAUAACAGAAUACAGAGUAAAGUGUCACAGCUACAGAGAAGUGCAUUGCAGGUAGACAAUAAGGUACAAGGUGACAGCAAGGUAGAUUGUGAGGUCAAGGAGUCCAUCUCAUUGUAUAAGGGAACCGUUCGAUAGUCUUAUCACCAUGGGAUAGAAGCUGUCCUUGAGCCUGGUGGUACAUGCCUUCAGGCUCCUGUAUCUUCUGCCUGAUUGGAGAGGAGAGAAGAGAGAAUGACCUGGGUGGAUGGGCUCUUUGAUUAUGCUGGCUGCUACACCAAGACAAUGAGAGGUAAAGACAGAGUCCAUGGAGGGGAGGCUGGUGUCUGUGAUGCGCUGGGCUGUGUCCACAACUCUCUGCAGUUGCUUGCGGUCCCGGGCAGAGCAGUUGCCGUACCAAGCCGUGAUACAUCCAGAUAGGAUGCUUUCUAUGGUGCAUCAAUAAAAGUUGGUGAGUGUCAAAGGGGACAUAUCGAAUUUCUUUAGCCUCCUGAGGAAGUAGCGAUGCUGAUGAGCUUUCUUGGCCGUGGCAUCUACGUGAUUUGAGCAGGACAGGCUAUUGGUGAUGUUCACUCCUAGGAACUUGAAGCUCUCAAGCCUCUCGACCUCAGCACCGUUGAUGCGGACAGGUGCAUGUACACCGCCCCCUUUCCUGAAGUCAAUGACCAGCUCCUUAGUUGACAUUGAGGGAAAGGUUGUUGUCAUGACACCAUGUCACUAAGCUCUCUAUCGCCUUCCUGUACCCCGACUCAUCGUUAUUUGAGACACAGCCUACUACAGUGGUAUCAUCUGCAAACUUGUAGAUGGAGUUAGGGCAGAAUCUGGCCACACAGUCAUGAGUAUAUAGGCAGUAGAAUAGAGGGCUGAGCAUGCAGCCUUGUGGGGCACCAGUGUUGAGAAUAAUCGUGCCGGAGGUAUUGCUGCCUAUCCUCACUGAUUGCGGUCUGUUGGUCAGAAAGUCAAGGAUCCAUUUACAGAGGGAGGUGUUGAGUCCCAGGUCUCUGAGUUUGGUCUACCGUGUAGUUACCAUCUCGUUUAUUAACUUUAAUAAUCUGACAUUUCAUUGAAACAGCCAACAAUUUACCAGAUUUAUCACCAUGUAUAUAAAGCUGACUUUUGGUUUUGAGUAAUUGAUUUUCAGUUGGAGAUGUUAAUAAUAAACUGUGUUGUAAUUGAA